AUGUUGUUUGGUUUAGGGGUCACGUCGCCCAACGACGAUGAUAAUGAAAUUAACAGACGUAUAACAAUUCUAGAAGAUCAGUUCAACCUCGUGAUGAUAAUGGAAUACUUCGAGGAAUCACUAAUUCUGUUGAAAGAUCUUUUGUGCUGGACAUUCGAGGACAUUACAUAUUUUGAGUUGAAUGGUAGAAAAGACAAUUCUGUUCAUAAUAUGUCAGAAUCGCUAAGAAACACAAUUAUGGAAUGGAACAAAGGAGACGUAGCACUAUACCAACACUUCAAUAGAACGUUUUGGGGAAAAGUGCGCGAUUUCGGUGAAGAGAGAAUGAGAACUGAGGUUGAAAUUUUAAGACGACGAAACCAGGAAUUUAAAGCAAGAUGUCUACAGAAUGAAAAUGAUAUUGAGAGUGAUGGUGAAACAGCGUUGAAUAUGUACCAACCCCAAGGUAUUAAAAUGAAUCAAAUGCAAAUAAGACUAGAAGCAGUUAACGACACCGACUGUUUGCGUAGAAUAUACCCACAAAGAGUCUAUACACCUAUUUUAAGAGAAGCCUUAUUGAACAAGAAAAAAAUCGACAAGGCCUAA